AUGGCGCAUGAAGCUGUGCUUCGCAAAACAGUUCCAGUUGGCGGGAAAAAUGAUUCCUAUUGCCCAAAUAGCGUUAUGCUUUUGCCUGAUAGACCAAUAACCUUUGGUAGAAUAAUAUCUCCAGAUGUAAGUGUACGUUUGACGUCAAAAACUGCACCAUUAAUGAUUUCUCGUCGACAUGCCACUGUUUCUGUUUCGGCUGGCAAAUGGACGAUAGUGGAUCAUGAGGUACAGUAAGCUCUGGGGAAUUAAUCCUUCAAGGGUCGCUGGCUAAUAAAGCAUGAUAUUCAUUCAUAUUGGUUGCGAAAUGCGAACAUUUUCUUUUUAUCGCGCAAGUUUUUAUGCACUGCUAAGGGCGAGAAAAUUUCGUACAUUCAAGUUAAAAUUGCUGCGAGCGUUUUAAUUUUUUUGGUCGCAGUACGCUUGUUGUUGUGUUUUCGGUGAUGAAUAUUCAAUACCUCGAAGAAGUUGCAGCUGGUUGGAUAACUCUCAAAAGACCACCCUAAUUAAAAUUGCGCUUUCCAUCUAAAGGUUUCUUGAGUUAUGUAAAGACCAUCUUUAAACAGCUGUUAGUGUCCCGUAUUGUUGAAUGCUUUAUGAAACGGUUUGUAGCCCUUGGCUUUGGUGAACCAACAGUGAGAAAAUAACCUUUCGUUGGACUUUCUGAUGGGCGUUAAUUUAUUCAGCGUCGUGCAGGAUUUACAUGUAAAUACCUGCGGCAGAAUUAAUUCCCCAUCAUAAAUAUCUUUUUGUUCAGUUCUUACGAUUUCAAAAUUAGUUUUUUCUCCAUUGUGCGAAUGAAGUUGUGAUCAAGUUCAUUCCUUUUCUUUUUUUCUGCUUGAUAUUAUCACAGUCAAGCUGUAAAAUAUCAAGAUGGUUAUGUUCAGGAAGAAAAAAGCUGAAACUUUUGCUGUUAUUGAAAUAAAAAAAAAUGUUGUUGAAAGUGUCAUGUAGUAUGGUUUUUAAAUUGAGACUGAACAAGAAUCUUAAUGGAAAUAUGUUCUUACAGAUUUUAUUUAUGACAAAGUUGUAGGGUGAUUAUUGAUUUCCUAUGCAUGGUGUAUGCAUUAUUCACCUGUAGAAAAUAUUGAAGGAUGAUAUAUAUCAUGCCUGGUAUUUCAUGUAAACAUUGUUCAAGGAACUCUUGACAUCAGAAAAAUGCAAUGGAGGACUGAAGAAGGAGUCAUGUCGGUGAACACAACCUUCUUCACAACACCCAACCGGCUGUUCAACAUAGCAGAUAAUUAAUAUUUUUUUGGCUGUAAUAGACUGAUAUCAGUGAUGACUUUCUUAGCAAUUUAGUCCAAAAAAUCCUGUCCUACUCUACCAAAACAGUUGCUGCUUGGAGUGUUUUCCCUGGUAGUCUCUAAUAAGGACUAGUUCUUGAGUUAACUGAGUGGGCCAUUUCUAAAGCUUCUAUGUCUAUUUUUAUUUGUAUCUUUCAGAGCUUGAAUGGAGUGUUUAUCAAUAGAAACAGGAUUCAACCAAGCAUCCCUCAUUUACUAGAACCUGGUGAUCGAGUGGUUUUUGGUGUUGGAGUAAACUCUAAUACACCAGAAUUUGAAUAUGUUUUUGAACACAUUGCUAGAGGCCGCAAAAGGUGUGCAGACUCAUCUCUGUUGAGUAACAAAGACAGCUCAGUUAAACAGAGGAAAAUCUUCAGAGAAAGUGGUGGCUAUGUAAUGGUACCAUUCAGUACAGAUCAUCCUGCUGUUCAUGAAGCCAUUAGUGUUGCUGAAGAAAAGAUUCAAAAAUUGAAGGCUUCAUUAGAAGAAAAAGAGAAAUGCCAUGCAGAUGUUGUUCUGCAGUUGGAAAAAACAGAGAAGGAGCUACAAACUAAGCUGUUAGAUCAGAAGGCCACAUUAGAAAAAGAAAAACAUGAGCUGGAAGGUGCUCUUAAGACACUGUUUGCAGAAAAGUUGAUGGAGAAGGAAGAGCAACUCAAUCAGGAGUUGAAAAGCCAAAAAGAAAGCUUGAUAGAAGAAAAGAAACUUGUGGAAAUGCAGUUGCAAGAAGAAUUGAAGAAGCAGUUGCAAGAAAAAGACAAACAGCUAGAAAAUCAGUUGACUCAACAAAAAGAAGCACUGGAACAAGUGAUUGCUGAGAAAGAAGCCCGGCAGAACAUGCUGCAUAUAGAAUUGGAGAAUUACAAAGCAUCCCAAGCUAGAAUGCAAGACUUAGAGGCAAAUGAGAGAAAAAUGGAAUCCACUUUACAGGAGCUGCGACAAAUUGUAGAAUCAAAAACCAAAGAGCUUCUAAAACAACAAGAAGAGACAAAGAGAGUGGAGGAGGUUGCACGGAAAACAGUCAUUGAGCAGAUGGAGGAUGAGUUUUCUUGUAUAAUUUGUCAGGACCUUUUCAUUAAUUCUACUACCUUACCUUGUGCCCAUUCCUUCUGUGAAUACUGCUUGAUGUCGUGGCUUCAGAAGAAGAACAACUGUCCAAUCUGCCGUCAACCCAUAGUGGGAAGACCAGUCAGGUCUCUUGUUCUUGAUAACGCCAUUGCCAAAAUGGUGGAAUCUAUGGAUGAGGAGACCAAGACAAGGCGGCAGACUGUCACUCAGGAAAGGGAGGAGUUGAAAAGAGGUAAUAUUCUACAAAAUGCAGUGAUCAUCAUUGAUGGCUAA